CCGGCCCUGACCAUCUGUAACGAGCGGCGGACACAUCACAGCCGAGUGGCCUCGGGAGCAGCAGCUCAGACUCAACUCUCCGUACAGGGUGAGCACACCGGUGCAGGACCAUUGUUGGUCACCGGGGAAGUCGGACUGUGAUUUGCUGGGACCACACUGAACGUCGGCCGGUUAAACAUCAGAGGGUUGCUACAUUGACCCCACUCCCGCCUCCUCCCGCUGUCAGACCCGUCCUGAGCCGGUGAGAGUUAGUGUGACCCGGACUGCGGCAGUCCCGCUGCACCCCGGCUCACCCGGCCCUGUCCAUCUGUAAUGAGCGACGGACACAUCACAGCCGAGUGUCCUCGGGAGCAGCAGCUCCGACUCAACUCUCCGUACAGAGUGAGCACAUCGGUGCAGGAACAUUGUCGGUCACCCGGGAAGUCAGACUGUGAUUUCCCGGGACCACACUGAACGCCGUCCGGUUACAACAUCAGAGUUAGACCUGCGAUGAGCGAUUUAUUGGAAGAAAAACCGCAACUGAAAGGAAACCACGACUGAAGACGAGGGAACAGCAACAAGUGAACCAGCCCGAAGACUGAGAGCAUCAACUGGAGAGAACCCAUCUGACUCAGGGUUUCCAUUGAUUCGGUCAGCAGAAAGUCUGUUAGAUCUGCGCUGAGAGAUUUGUUGGAAGGAAAGCCCAGGACUGGAAGCAAAGAACAACUGAAGACGAGGGAGCAGCAACAUUUGAACGAGAUGAAAACUGAGGACACCUGCUGGAGAGAACCGUUCUGACUCAGAGUUUCCUUUCAUUCAGUCAGGAGAAAGUUUGAUAAUCACCGGCAGGUGGAGCAUUUCUGCACCGGGACCAAAGAGUAAGCAAAAAUCAACAACCAGGAAUUGUCAGUCGGAUUCAGAAUGGCUACAGGUGGGAAAUUAAAUCAGGUACCGAAAUUACUCAGGAGGUUUUCAGUAGGCAGCUCAUCGAGUGAAAAUGAUCGGGACACCGGAAACAAUGCACCAAAGCAGGGUGAGACUGAGAGCAAUGUCCCAGUUGAAUGCGGUCCGGCUGCAGAGGAGGAGGAGCAAAUUCUGCCCAGAGACAGUGACGUCAGAGACACUGAUCAGGACCCUGGAACCAGCACAAGUGAGGCGACUGUCUGUCAAUUCGGAAGCUCUUCAAACAUGGAAUUGCCAAGUCUCAAACAAGGAGUGGAGCAUCAAAACCGGAUCACACCUGUCCUCAAAAUGGCACAAGGAGCAGGCAUCGGAAGAGUUCCAGUGCAGUCAACAUCGGGAAAGGUCACGGGUCCGAGCACAGCAAUCACUGAGCUCCUGGCAAGCUGGAACGAUUUCCAGCUGCUGCAGCUGACGGACUUCUACCGGGACAGGCUGGAGCAGGCGAUGGAAGGAGGGGUGCACGGAGUGAGCCUGGCGUUAACGGCCGAGAAUCAGUUCAGCGGAGAGGAACAUCGGAAAAUCUCUGAUCUCGCUGAUAAGGGAGAGCGGGCGGACAGUUCUAAACUCCUCCUGAGCCUGGUGAUGGAGAAAGGCUCCCGCGCCCGGAGGGUGAUGUGGGAAACCUUUGUCAAAAUGCGGAAUGGUGUCCCAAAAUUGGACAAAAUACUGAAAGAAAUACAGGAACAUGGCUGUGUUCCGGUCCAUCGACCCGUACCGGAGAUUCCCAGAGAACUGAAAGAUGUACAACAGAAACACAAGGAGACUCUGUGGGAACAAACUAAAACACUGAGAGUGAACACGAUCCUGAUGCGGGAGAAGGUGAAGGUUUUCCAGCUGGUUGAUCGAUACUUUGAGCUCACUGUCAUUUCUACUGUUCGGGAUCGGAGACUGGUGGAACACGAGCUGCUGGCAAGAGGCAGAGAUCACGAGGAGUGGAGAGAGAAACAUCUCGGCAGAGAGCUGGAGAAAAUCCGGACUGAUCAGCUGUUCCAGAGCAGCUUUUCCCGGAGUAAAUCCAAAUCUGGGAGUUCGGCAGCAGUGGCCGGAGUCCCGGGGAUUGGGAAAACAACAAUGGUACAAAAGAUUGUAUAUGACUGGGCCACGGGGACAAUAUUCCAACAGUUCCAGUUUGUCUUCAGUUUCAAAUUCCGAGAGUUAAACUCCAUUAACUGUAGAAUAAGCCUGAGGGAACUGAUUCUGGAUCAGUAUCCUUACUUUGGGAAUAUCCUGAGAGAGGUCUGGAAGAACCCAGAGGGAUUGCUGUUUAUAUUCGAUGGUUUGGACGAAUUCAAACACAGAAUCGAUUUUGCUGACAGUCGGAGAGAUACAGAACCAAAGCACCAGUGCCCAGAUCCCGAGUGGUGGUGUGAAGUGUCUGACAUUGUGUACAGUUUAAUCCAGGGCAAGCUGCUCCCAGGGUGUUCAGUGCUGGUGACCACCCGUCCCACUGCGUUACAUUUAUUGGAAAAGGCUGAGAUCAGUGGCUGGGCUGAAAUCCUGGGAUUGGUUGGUGAGGAAAGGAAGGAAUAUUUCAGCAGGCAUUUUGAAGAUCAGACGGUGGCGGAAGCUGUUUUCAAACACGUGAAGGAGAACGAGAUCCUGUACACCAUGAGCUACAACCCCUCCUACUGCUGGAUCCUCGCUCUGGCACUGGGCCCCUUCUUCACACAAAGAGUCAGGGACCCGCAGCGAGUUCCCAAGACCAUCACCCAACUGUACUCCUACUAUAUUUACAACAUCCUGAAAAACCACGGCCGUGAGAUUGAGAACCCCCGUAAUGUGUUACUCAGGGUUGGUCAGAUGGCCUUCAGUGGAGUGUCCGAGAAGAAGAUUGUGUUUACAGAUGAUGAUUUGAUCAACCACAAUCUGCAGCCUUCCCAGUUCCUGUCCGGGUUCCUGAUGGAGCUUUUGGAGAGAGAGGAUUCUGCCCGGUGUGUGGUGUACACAUUCCCACACCUCACCAUCCAAGAGUUUGUAGCUGCAGUCGCACAAUUCCUGAAUCCACAUCCCGGGGAUAUCCUGAUAUUCCUCAAUGAAGCCCACAACACGACAGAUGGACGAUUUGAGGUAUUUCUUCGUUUUGUUGCUGGUCUCUCCUCCCCAAUGACAGCUCGGGGCCUGGAAGAGUUUCUGGGUCCAUUUCCUCAUGAAACAACCUGCCAGGUGAUUGACUGGGUGAAGAAGAAGGUUAAACACCAGAGUUCAAACACAGAGAGUGAAGCUGGUAAAAGGAGCCUCCUGAACACAUUGCACUAUCUGUUUGAGUCUCAGAAUCUUGGACUGGCUCAGGCCGCACUGGAAUCAAUGGAAUCACUUUCAUUCCGUGGAAUGGCACUGACCCCGAUUGACUGCGCGGUCCUGUCUUAUGUCAUCGGACUCCGUGACACAAUAAAACACCUCGACCUGGAGUACUGCCUUGUUCAGAGUGAAGGAAUCCAGCGGCUGGGACCCAGGCUGCACAAGUGCCAGGAUUUGAGACUUGCGGGGAAUGAACUGGGAGAUUCAGGAGUGAAACUGGUGUCUGCGGCUCUGAGGAACCCGGAGUGUAAAAUACAGAGACUGGGGUUGGACAAUAUCGAUCUCACAGUUUCUGGUGCCGAGAAUCUUGCCUCUGCUCUCAAAACAAACCGAUCACUGAUGGAUCUGAACAUGGGUCGUAAUAAACUGGGAGAUUCAGGAGUGAAACUGGUGUUUGUGACUCUGAGGAACCCGGAGUGUAAAAUACAGAAACUGUGGCUGAGAGAUAACAGUCUCACAGAUUCUGGUGUCGAGGAUCUCGUCGCCGCUCUCAGUACAAACCCAUCACUGACGGAGCUGGAUCUGAGUGAAAAUAAACUGGGAGAUUCAGGAGUGAAACUGGUUUCUGCGGCUCUGAGGAACCCAGAGUGUAAAAUACAGAAACUGCUUCUGUACAAUGUCGGUCUCAGGGAUUCUGGCGCCGAGGAUCUCGCCUUCGCUCUCAUUACAAACUCAUCACUGAUGGUUCUGGACCUGGGAUUAAACUCGCUCACAGACAGAUCUGUCCCGGCUCUCCGCCGCGUCAUACUGACCCUCCCGAGUCUGGGGCGGAUCGGGCUGCACUGGAAUCGGUUCAGUCCAACAGGAGAGAGGGAACUGAGAUCUCUGCAGGAACCCAGACCAGGACUGAGAGUGGAGUUGUGAAGAUCUGAAUGUGUGAUCAUCCCUGCUCGCUGGAUGAGGACAUGUUGGCCGAUUUCCUGCAAUACACGUUUAAUUUCUAACUGUUCUAACAGAUCCUGGCUUCAGCCGAGCUCUCUGUGAUCUCAGAGGCGGUGCCGCAGUGACGUGAUUCCGCGUCCUAUCCAGUUCAAACAUUCCUUAAUUUACAUUUGUCAUGAUGAAAUCAAUAAACUGCUGUAACUUCCUGCAUUGGUGUCGGACCUGAGUCUCACUAGGGGAGAAACAGUGACCUGGGGUUACUGCUGCCCCCCGCACUCGGUGAACUGCAAUAAUGGUUCUGAGCUCCUCACACUGGUACAGCAGCGUCUCAGAGACGAGGCGCCCACAGACAGUUAACAUCUACUGUAAUGUCAGACGUGAUUUCACUGAGUUCCCAAGUACGAAUGGGAUGCGGGAUGGAAUACCGGCAUUCAGCACAGGGUGAAGUUCCAACCGCAUCGUCCCAUCACACACUCCCGGGGUCAGACACAGAGUGAAGCUCCCUCAACAUCAUCCCAUCACACACUGUCGGGGUUAGACUCAGAGUGAAGCUCCUUCCACACCUUCCAUCAAACACUUCUGGGGCAGACACAGAGUGAAGCUACCUCAACACCGUCCCAUCACACACUCCCGGGGUCAGACAGAGAGUGAAGCUACCUCAACACCGUCCCAUCACACACUCCCGGGUUCAGACACGGGGAGAAAACACGUCUCUGCAGUGUGAGAUAUACCAAAAGAGUUCUUGAGCUGAAACAGAUUACAAAGGACAUUCUCAUUGUGUUCACCUUGGAACUGUAGCAUAGGGAACCACAAACACACACACACACGCACACACACACACACUCAAUGAAGUGGUACAGCUGCGCCUCAGUUCCAGGCUGAGAUUGUCCAGUCCCCAGGAUCUCUUCAGUCCCUAUCCCCAUCCAGGCUGACCACCGCUUCCUUGCACCCGAGAUACACCCACUCUCCUGACCCCAGCCUUCCUGAGCACUCUCCUGGCUUUGCAGACAAAAUUGACAAAAGAGAUUGGAAGCUCAUAUACGGUAUACUAUCAGACCUGCAUCCUCAAUGGUCGGAAACAGCAGAGGGUCAGACACAGAGUGUAUCACGCUCUCCACGGAUCAGAUACAGAGUGAAGAUCCCUCUGCAAUGUCGCAUCACACAGUCUCUGGGUCAGACGCAGAGUGAAGCUUCCUCCGCAUGGUACUAUCACACAAUCUCUGUGUCAGACAGAGAGUGUGGUUUACUCCACAUCGUCCCAUCAGAACCAUCCAGGGUCAGACACUGAAUGAAGCUCUUUUUAAAUCAUCCAAUUACAUACAACUGGGGGUCAGAAACACAGUAAAUCUCCCUCUCCAUUAUCCCAUCACACACUCCCGGGUUCUGAGACAGUGAAGUUCUCUCCGCACCAUCCCAUCGCACACUACCGGUGUCAGACACAGAGUGAACCUACCUACACCACGUCCCAUUACACACUCACAGGGUCAGACAUUGAGAGAAUCUCUGUACACACCAUGAAAUAACCCACUACCGGGGUCAGACACUGAGAGAAUUCCCUCCACACUGUAUAAUAACACAAUCGCAGGUCAGACUUUGAGAAAAUCUC